UACCCCCUCCCCUCUUUCCGUAUGUCAGUCACGUUUCUGUUUUGGUUAAUUUUCUCAAUCAUACAAUGUGCACGCAAACCAAAAAUUCUAUGUAGAAGCAAAGUGUUUGUGCUCUGUACUUCUGAAAGUUACUUGAUUGUUUCGAAUUUUUCAGCUGUAUUUAAGUUUCAGACGCAAGUUUUCUGACAAUAUUCGAAAAUGCAGCACGACGAUGUUGUUUGGAGCGUUAUCAACAAAACAUUUUGUUCUUACAAAGUGAAUACAAAGACUCAGAGGUUUUGUAGAAAUGAAUAUAACUUGACUGGUCUAUGCAGCCGAGCAUCCUGUCCCUUAGCAAACAGUCAAUAUGCGACAGUUAAAGAAGAAAAUGGUGUCAUCUUUUUAUACAUGAAAACUGCGGAAAGGUCAGCAUUUCCAGGAAAAACAUGGGAAAGAGUUAAAUUAUCUAGAAAUUUUGAAAAAGCAAUUGUACAAAUAAAUGAAAAUCUUCUGUAUUGGAAUGGUUUUGUCAAAGCCAAAUGCAAGCAACGAUUUGUUAAAAUCACUCAGUACCUCAUCCGUAUGCGCAAACUUCGUCUACGGAGACAGAAGAAGCUGGUGCCUUUGCAAAGAAAAAUUGAGAGGAGGGUCAACCGUCGUGAGGAGAAAGCUUUGGUUGCUGCUCGUCUUGAAUCUGCCAUUGAGAAACAGCUUCUGGACCGAUUGAAAAAAGGAACAUAUGGAGAUAUAUACAAUUUCCCUCAAAAUGCCUUUGAUAAGGCACUUGAUGAAGAAGUAGUUGAAGAAGAAGUUGAUGAUGAAGAAGAAGAGGAGGAGGAGGAUGAAGAUGAGGAUAUGGAACUUGAAGAAGAAAUUGAGAAAGAACUUGACCACGGUGAAUCAGAGUUUGUUGCUGAUACUGAUAGUGAUGAUGAUGAUGAUGACGACGACGAUGAUGUUGGUGCUCGUGAGGAAGUUAGUAGUCCUGAGGAAUCUGAAGAAUCAGAUAUUGAGGACAUUGCCAGUAAAGCACAAACAUCUAAAAAGAAGAUGACUAAAUCAAAACGAAAACCAAGACCUCAUAUUGAGAUUGAGUAUGAAGUGGAAAAUGAACCUCAGGCAAAGAAUAGAUUGACUAAUUAGUUACAUAUUCCGCCCCAACAUUCUGAAACAAUAUUUUUUGAACCUUUUCUGUGCCCAGUCAAUUUUAAUCUUUGUUCCUAGUUCAUUUUUAUUGUCAUGUUCUUCUCCGGACAAUUUAGUAGGUACUCAAUAAAAUAAACAGAGUUAUGUAAUUAAA